UCAAGAACACGAAGUGACGACAUAAAUUCGAUGCUUUUAUGCGCGAACUUGACAUGCGUUGAAGUGAGAAAACGGCGCGAGGCGAGCUUUGUCAUCAUUCGAGCCUGGAUCUUUUUGUGUGAAGGUAUACGUCGGCCCUCUAGUCUUCUGCAACAAUGGCAUCUUUAAGUGAUAUUCAGGUGAAGGAGCUGGACAAGCGUGCCUCGGGACAAGCUUUUGAGGUCAUCCUUGGGAGUCCUGCUCCAGAUGCCAAGGCGGAGUUCCCGCUCUCUCCGCCUCCGAAGAAGGACCUUUCCUUGGAGGAGAUCCAGAGGAAACUAGAGGCUGCGGAAGAGAGACGCAAGUCUCAUGAAUCCGAGGUCCUGAAACACUUGGCAGAGAAGCGCGAGCAUGAGAAGGAGGUGCUUCAGAAAGCUCUAGAAGAAAGCAACAAUUUCAGCAAGAUGGCAGAAGAGAAACUGAACCAGAAGAUGGAAGCCAACAAAGAAAAGCGUUCGGCCAUCAUGGCAGCCAUGAACGAGAAGUUCAAAGAGAAGGACAAGAAGCUGGAAGAGGUUCGCAAAAACAAAGAAAACAAAGAGGUCAGCUGUGAAGAAAACUAAAACCUACAGUUCGAAGGGAUUCAGAUUUUUUUUUUUUUUUUUUUACUUAUCCAAAGAUUUUCACAUGAGUUCACAUGAGAGAAAAAAAAAAAAAAAAAACUGAGGUGUCGUCAUGGGUCCAAGUUCAAAAACAAACACACGCAGCGUUCGGUUUGUAUAUAGCCGUGGUUUUACACAUCGAUUAACUCUUCUUCACUUACCUGUGCACUGUUUAGUCUGCAGCUUUGUCGUUGUCUGAUAUUAGCUGUCUUCUCGACCUGGUAGGGACCCAUGUAUGAUGUGUUUAACAUGCUGUAUUUCUUCAGCUUCUUGCUUUUCUUGAGGUUAGGGUUUCUGUUCUUUGUACAAGUUUAGACUGGGUAUUCGAGGGCUUUACAUGCGAAAUGCAAAAGUAGCAAUAAAUGUUAGUUAACUUGUCAACUUAAUGGUUGUACCAAAUAAAAGAAGUACUAAAACUA